AUGUCAAAAGAGACAAAGGGUCUGUCUGAUGUCGAGCCGGGCAAAGGGCAGCACGGGAUGGGCUGGCAGGUUCCUCGGGCGGCGGGUAAUAGAAGUGGCUUUUAUGAAUUGAAUUGGGAGGGAAGAUGGCGGAUAGAACUUGCUUGUCGCGACCAGCUCGGCGAAGCUAGCGCCGGUCCUCUUCAUGCCCUGACGCCUGAAGGUUCGGGAAGACUAGACGAAGACUGGCGACGAGUCGUUGGUGUCUUGUGA